AUGAGUAAACUUCUCGUCUUUGUCGUUCUUCUAUGUGUGGUUCUUGCUUCAUGUCAUCCUGGCGAAUCUCAUAAACGUGGUGGUAACCAUGGGCCUGAUAAUGGACCACAAGGCAAGCCAGAAUUUUGGGAUCGACCACAUGGUAAUCACAAUUAUGAUCAAAACUGGGCAUCAAUAUUAUGCGCCAAUGACACAUUGGCUCAAGAAUAUCUUACUCAAACUCGACAAGUGAUCAACAGUUUUCGAUCAAAUGAGACAUUUACUGAAGCUCUUCAAAACCGACAACAAGUUAUAGCUUACAUCGAAAAUGAAAACAAUGAAGAUCUUCUCUCAUCAAACUGCACUGCAUUUUUCAUCGGUCUCAAAAGUGCUCGUAAUCUUGAUAUGGACGCCAUGAAUCUACAACGUCAAUUAGAACGCAUAGUUGGUAGUUCACUUUUUAAUAUUAUCCAAUCGCUUAUCGGAGGCAAUACUUUUGGAGUUGAUGAUUAA